UAGUAAAAGUGAGGGCAAGCAAGUGGUGGACAUGGUUUUUGGGGAUUCUAGAUUUUGGAGUUCCAUCAAAUAUUGCUUAAAGUGUGUGAGUCCACUUGUAAAAGUUUUAAGACUUGUAGAUGGUGACUCUAAACCUGCUAUGCCAUAUAUUUAUGAAGCAAUGGACAGAGCCAAAGAAGAGAUUGCUGACAAUUUUGAAAAGAAGGAAUCAAGGUAUAAAAAAAUAUGGAAGAUCAUUGAUAUUCGUUGGACUUUGCAAUUACAUAGACCCCUCCAUGCGGCUGCCUACUUUCUUAAUCCUAACUCUUUGGUGGGAAAGUUAUGGAGGAGAGGGCAAGGAGUUGCAAAAGAUAGCUAUGAGGAUUUUGAGUCUCACGUGUAGUGCUACUGGAUGUGAAAGAAAUUGGAGCACAUUUGAUCAAGUGCAUACUAAGCGAAGAAAUCGUUUAGAACAACAAAGGUUAAAUGCACUUGUAUUUGUCAAGUACAACCUUCAACUUGAGAUGAGACAAAAGAUUAGAGAGGAAAAAGGAGAGACAUAUGAUCCAAUCUGUUUAUCAGAUAUUGAAUCUGAUGAUGAGUGGAUCACUGAAAAAGAAAAUCCAUGCUUGCCAGUGGACGGGUCAUGGAUGGACAUACAUGAGAG